AUGACAGCACAAUUCUAUUCAAGAUACAGAAGAGUGUCAGUGAUCCAAGCAUAUGCGCCACAUAAUGAAAAGGAAGAGGAGGAGAAGACCAAUUCUAUCAGGAGUCACGAGAGACUUUGGAUGGAUGUAAUAAGAACGACAUACCAGUUAAUUAUUAUCAUGGGGGACCUAAACGCCAAGGUAGGAAGUGACAAUAAUGGAUAUGAAAGAACUAUGGGUAUCCAUGGUCUGGGAACACAGGACGAAAAUGGAGAAAGACUGUGUGAAUUUAGUCAGACCAGCAAACUUGUAAUCACAGGAACAUUGUUUCCCCACAAAAACUUACACGAAUCAACAUGGGUGUCUGUUACUGGAACAGCGAAAAUCCAGAUUGACCAUCUUCUCAUCAGUGGACAGUGA